UGUUGUUGUUCCUUUAUUACCACUAAAAAUGAAGUUGAGGAGUGGUCUCUUGCUGCUCUACUUCUCUUGAAAAAACGUCGUCCCUCUUCUGCACAUGAUUAGAGGCCUGAGGACGCGGAAUAUAUUUGCCACCGUUUUUGAAUCUCGUCGCGUCGUUAUUCGUCUCGUUUUAGAGCCAAUCUCGAAAGUUAAAGCGACAGAUGAGCAUGAUCCGCGAGAGGUUGAGAGAUUGUUGAGCUUGAGAGGGUGGGGUCGUUUUCUGUUUCACACGAUAGCGAACGAUGUGAAAUAAGGGACUUGUAUUUGUAGUUUUGAGAGAAAAAAAGGAGAGAAAUUAACAACGAGGAGAAUAUGAAAUCGCUUCUAUAGAUGAGACAAAAUGCGUCGAAUUUGGUGGAUGGCUUACCCAUUUACAUCAUCAAGAUGAACAAGAAAUACUCACAUACAUGUUGUUGUGUAGCACCACCUUAAUAUAGACUAUUCCCUCAUCCAGAUCCAAAAUUGAUAGAAAAAACGUAUAGGCGAAAUACAAAACUACAAGAACGAGUUCGUCGUGAUUCACUGCCGUGGUACCAAACUACCACAAAGAAAACCAAAAAGAUGGAGUUGGUUGACAUCGAAAUGGGCAUGAGGUUCUUGUCCUCACAAGGCUACACGUUGAACGUGGCGGAAGUGGCUAUGCUCACUGCAAGUACUCACAUUUUUUUAGAAAUUGGCUAGUUUUUUGUUGCUUGGGUAGAAGUAGACAUCACUAGAAAACUUCACGGCAAAUAAGAAUCCGGUCACGAUGAACAGUAGUUUGUUACCUCCCACAAACGCUAAGUCCCACAAAGUACAGGUCUCGCAAAGCUUCAAGCGGAUGAAAAGUUUGGCCGAAUUUUCUUUUGGGGAAAGAUUUUCGGAAAGACUCAGGACUACUAUAUCGCCUACGGCGUACGAGAUAACGACAUCGAGUUUCCAUCAAAACAAUACUACUGCGCGUACUUCUACUAAUAAUUUUAUAGUUUGUUCUAUUUUUUGCUAUUUUUUCUUGAUCUUCUUGAGUGAGAAGCAAGUUCUGUAAUGACUUCCUUCAGAACUUCUAUUUCGACGUGGUAAAAUCUUCUUCGCUUGUUUCGCUGUAGUUAGUUUCACAACAAGGACUGUUUUGGACGAAUGAGAACAAUCACGAACAAUGAUUUCUCUCUUUCCUCACGCUCAUUGCUCCCUACCACAGAACGGGCGAAACAUUCACUUUUGGUGACUUGGCAAUGUUGACAGAUGAGGAGAGGGAAAUGAUAGCCACUUAUCCACAAGAAGCCGCUUUUGCUGGAGAGCCAGAUCAAUUGUUGUUUCCGAAAAAAGAAGGUAUGUAUCUAUGUCACCUACGGACUGUUGAUCAUCAUGGCCACUUUCUGACCUGUUGCUGAUUCUUCGAACCUAUGUAUUGAAUUUGAACCUUGGGCUUUUAAAUCGGAUACAACACGACCCUUUGUAAUUGUAUGCACGACCCCUUGUAAUUGUAUGUACUCAAUAAUAAAUCACCUCCUCAAAUUUAAUAUGGCACACUACAGACGACCCAGAAGAGAUGGAAGAGUGCCCUUUGACGGAAUUGCACAGGCUAAGCUACACCAUCGCCUCAAUGGACGCAGAUACUAGCGUAGUCCCAGCCACAGCCUAUGUGCUCAACGACGCACAUCAAGUAGUGCCAGCAGCAGAGUUUGCGGGUUUGUCUUGGUCCGAAUUGAAGGACCUCAAUAGCUACGCCCACUUCAGACCUGCAAAGGAUGUAUCUUUUGUUUUUGUUUCAGAUUUUUGUGGUUUUGUCUUUGUUCUUGAUUCAAAGCUAAGAACGCUAACGCUAGCAGGCUCGUCUCCUGGAAGUAGAUCUGAUAGUACUUUCUUAGACUGAAGAUUUACUUUUUCUACUAGUCGCACCAAUAUUUAAUCAGAUCGGAAAGCAACGUGCAAUGGCGAAGGACGACGUUGAGUGGAAGAACUGCAAUUUUCUCGAUAGGCUUAGCUCUUCGCUCCCAAAAGGAUGCUGGGCAGUUCGAAGUGAUGCAACAGUUGCCUCGGUAACUUAUUAUACUUUCUAAAACUUCUGAUAUCUUCAACAUGAUAGGUAAGUGUAUGAUAAAAUAUCUUCAUACUAGGUAAAAAAUGUAUGUCAGCCACGACCUCAAUUUGAUUUCAUCGACAUCAAUAUCUACAUAUAAGUAUUCAGACACGAUUGCUUGCACUCCCUAGCUGCACACCCCUAUAUUUUCACAGGUGCAGCUCCGAUCCCUCGUAUGGCCAGGCUAUGUUUUCUAUGCAGUCGCAGAGAAGCCCUACUUUGGAGGUGUCUACAUUGGCCACGGCAUACAAAACCGUGACUUGCCGUUUUUGUUGUAGAUGCGACGAGAAUUAUGAUCUAGGAAUCUAGGAACAACAGGAAGAGCUCUGCUAGCCGUGCAUAUUACAAGCAGAUGCUCUAGAACAAGUAGGAACUUCGGAGGAGCCAAAUGAAGUCAGUUCUUACGGUAAGAUUCAAGAACAUAAACAAGAAUCAUCUUUUGAUCAUCUUUUGAUGCCAAUCUAGGUCUUUUUAGUCAACAACAAACAUCGCAACCUUAUGUAUCAGCGAAAAGAAACGCAAACCUAUCCAACUAUCUAUGAACAAAAUUGAACAAGACAACUCCAACGUCAACGACGUUCGCCUAAGACGGGAAACAGUAGAACGAAAGAAAUGAAUUCAGAAUUCAGCAGCAAGAUUUGUUGAAUUACCUUUUUGUGCUAAAUUCAUGCAGAAAUUGAAACAGAAAGUAUAGAUACUCAAGCAGCAGUAGGUCUACUUACACAGACAAGUGCAUAGAAGAAGAAGUAGCAAAACAAUGUUAAGUACAAUAGCUAGUUACAGAUCAUGAUGCAGAAGCAAAUGAGGAACGUUACUCAUGUUGUAAAGAGGAAAGUGGUCGCAAAAUAUCUCGAAUAAACGAAACACCCAAAACCAAACGACGAACAAAAUCGAAUGGUCAUCUCACAUACCACCCCAAAAGAAAAUUCAAAAAUGACGCAGCGCGAGCAGCUGCGGACUCCGACCAGGUUUUCUAC